GCCAUGCUUCGAGCAUUUAAUUCCAGAACUUAAGGGCCCCUCAUUACCAUAUCUAUGGCUUGACAAUAGAAGUGUCCAGUACCUGCUAUCUCCAAGGAUGUGUUGAUUGUGUAGAUACCAUCUAUACCCCACUCUAUACAGCUACAUUAACAGACAGGGUAGACUGAUUGUAUGGUAAAUAUUCACCAGUCUUGAAGCAAUGGGUGGAGGUGUAUAGGGACAUACUCACUAGUGAUCGUCUGUGGUUUGUUUGGGAGAGUGCACGCAGGAACAUGUUGGACUUCUCUACGAAGAGUGACUUCCACAGAUAGCAACCGGAUCAUAUAUGAUAAUCUCUUCCUAUAUACACUGAGGAGGUGUUCAACAGAGCCUCCCCGAUGAGUCUGACGACCACAAAGCGAAAGCUGCCGUACAUCCGGGCCCCCUAUGACACCAAUCAGGAGUACACCGCCAUCAGCGUGGGGGGGAUGGGGUCCCCCCGUACUCUACAAGCCCUCCCCCAGAUUGUGGAUGAACAGUAUGCGCAGCAGCAAAUGCAGAUGAUGCAAGCCGGCAGUGCAGGUGAUGCAGCCGGCACAGGCAGUUCAGAGUGUCCCCACAGAGAUUGUGCACUACGACAACGGCCCUUCCCAUCAGCAUCUGGACAUGUUGGCAGAGAGGCUGGCACAGCAGGAGCGCAACACUCAGGGACUGAUCGAGCGGGCAUUUAAGAUAAAGGAAGAUGUCAUUGAGAGUCUGAACUUUAGUCAGGGAACAUGGCAGGAUGAGAAGAACGCUCGGGCACAUCUCCAGGAACACAUUCGCAACAUCACCUCCGUGGUCAACAGGUUAAACCAUGACAUUGCCGUAUUAGAGGAGAACAUCAAAGCCCGGGACUCUGCAGCGUUGGGGACCAACAAUGCUGUCAAGAGUAUCGAGAUGCAUCAUGUCACCAGUUUAUCAGACCUCCGAGGUCGUAUUGUCCGCUGUGAUACAGCUAUUGCCAAACUCAGCGUGGACAUGCGCACAUCCUUCGACUCCAUCCGUGCUUUGUCAAGUCAGCAGCAGCAGCUGCAAACCGGCCUCAUGGAGCGCAUGCAUGGAAUAGAAUCUCAGUUGGUGUCCAUGACGAAUGCAAUGGAGAAGGUAACAGGCGAGAGUCGGAUCAAGUUUCAGCACUUGGAGGGGGACACAAACAAUAACCUCUCCAUGUUGGACAGUAAAACACGACAAAUGAUUGAAGACCUGAAGAACACCAUCACGACUGUGGCAAGCUCCGCUGAGGCUGAAAGGGAACGCAUGGAACAGAGAAUAAUCAGUCUGAUUGAGAAGGCUGGUGGCACACGAGACCUCAUGAUCGAGAAGAUCGACAAGAAGAUAGAUGACAACAUGUACAUGUUGGAGAUUCGCAUACAAAAGCUGGAGGAAGCCUUGUUGGAGGAUCGCAACCACUACACUGACUUGCAAGCACACAUUGAGAGCAAGCUGUUGGCGCGUAUCGAGGCUGACAUUCGCCGCCUGAAUGAGGAACUCGCCAAAUUGAAACGUGAGUGUCGAGAAGGAUUUUCCACGGUCCACGAGAGCAUCAGCAACAUGAAGACUGUGAUGGAGGGAAGGCGGAAACUGUUGGAGGACCAGCUGAGGAAGGAGUUGUCACAGAUCAGGAAGAUGGUGGUGUUGGUGUAGGACAUGACGUCACCAAGAUACACUUCACUUGUCACUCCAAUCUUCCAAGACUGAUACUGCAUCAGCCACCAUGGCCAUGAUAUGAUGGUGGUAGUCCCUCCUGAGGAAAACUAGGUGUUGAUUCAUCAGCUGGAAAUGUAUACGUUGUUACUAUAGAUACAGGACAAUUUUCAGAUAUCCCAUCUAUGUUUGAACUCUUCCAGGAAUAUCAAAAUGCAGCUUUUGCAAUUAAAUGUAAAACCAACAUAGUAACACAAUUUCCUGAAGUCCUUUCCAUUUAUGAACAUGACUAACUGCAUCUGAAAUUGAUACUUUGGAUACUUGUAAGCAAAUUUAAAAACUGAAUUUAGUUUUGUCCUCAUCUUACCAUCAUUAACAACCUGAUUCAUAGCUCAAGCUGUCUGUGCUCUUAAUGAUUUCAGUUGCAGGAGUUCCCUUGAUUGUGAUUGUUACACCUCAGUUUGUGUGAUGACAAUUUCACAAAGGUUUUGUUCUAAAUUGAUCAGGCUUGGCAGCGGAUUGAUAACACUAUUGACUGUCCUGACCGACCAACUGACUGAACUCUCACUCAGUCAAAGCAGUAGCAUGGAUGAUAAUCAAAGGGAGUUAAUUUCACACCUUGAAAGUUAUUCCCCCUUGACUGCUUCAUUUUCAGCAAGUGUUUGACAAAGAGAUUUCUUUUAAACUGUGAUAUUUUUAUGCAAGAUUACGAAAGACACUUUUCAUAUAUCUUUGUUAUUGCAUUGUUUAUUUAUUGAAUAGAACAGUAUUGUAUAUGGUUAUAUCAAUAAUAUAUAUAAACAGAUUUAUGAUUUAUAUAUGUUGAAAUUUUUAAUUUCAAUGUUCAGUCUAUUAUUUUAUUAACAUCAUCAAAUUGAACAUCGUCAGAAGAAAUUUGUGAUAAUGACACUUAUUUAUAGUUUUAGAGUUUGUCACAUGUUUUUAACACUCAAAGUCAUCUAUUUAUUUUCUGCCAAAGUUAUAUAUAUUUUAACUCUGAUAUUUGACCAUCCGUCCAGAUUCUAUGUCCGAAGAUUGUUGUACAUCAGCCUCAGCUUAUGUUGUCUCAAAUCAUAUAUAUACACACACUUAUUCAUAUGUAUUAUACAACACAUACACCAUAGAUACAGAUUGUUUGUGUCAUGUUGGGGAGGACAUAGCUUUAUCAAAAACACCCUUGAUGUAUAUCAUUUAAACAAUACUCCUCCUAGAAGUGAUUCUAUCAAUACAACAGUCAGACAAAGUUACACAGGUCUCUAAUGGAAAUUUUAUAAAAUCUAAAUUUGAUACACAUAAAAUCAUGUCCGCCAUUUAUAUUGAAAAGUGAUCACAGAUUGGAGAAAUGUUUGCUGGCUAGUAUCUGACAACCAGUAGGGUAGCUCAAUGGUUAAAGUGUUUCCCUAUAUUGCCAAAAUUCUGUGUUUUAUUCCCAACAUGGGUACAUGGGUACAAUAUGUAAAGAAACUCCCACUGACAAACCUUGUGGUAUAUUGCUUGUAUUGUGAAUGUACAUUUCAGACUUCCACCUUAAGAAGUAAGUGUGAUAUUAUGUCAAACAUAUCCCAUUUCUGAGUCAUGUUGACCUAAGUGGGGUGUGAGGGUGUUUGCUGAUAAUGACCUAGAAGACUGUGUACAUUAUGAGUCAUUACCAUUGUAAACUUUCCCAGCCAACAAAAUGGGACUCUUUUAUUAUAAGUUAGAUGACACGGGAGAGACAGGGUAGGAUUGACUUCCCAGCCUUCCUGUAUUUCUUUAUCUGCAAACCUUUCAGUGCAACAUUCAUGUGACAGCAAAAAGUCAACACAUCCUGGAAAGUUGCUUUAAGAAUUAUAUGUAGAUUUAAAAGUGAUAAAUGCACUUUUUAGAAUAAGGAUGUGGUUCAGUGAGUGUUGUUACAGAAUCCAUAAGAGUAUAGCCUCUGAUGAAAGAUAGCACAGUGUGUUACCAGGGGUGGAAAUAACUUUAAAAUUGCUAGUGUACUCCCGGUACAGUGGCACAUGUAAAGUCACGUGCCCUGAUAAUUUCUCCACUAUACCGACCGUUUUCUCGCUGAUUUUUUA